ACAAGACCAAAACCUUAAUUAACGAAAAGGAUAAACAAAAACCAAGAAAAAGAAACUUUCUCCUCCAUCAGAGUCACAGCACCAACAACAAUGGGCGAAGAAGAGGAAGAAGAGGAGACAACAGUAAAAGUAUCGAGUAACCAAGAAGAAGAGGCAUGGAACCUGAGGAAGCAAACCCAGAUAGUGGAAUUAUCAGAGAGACUCAUGAGUGGAGAUCUCAAAACCCAAAUAGAAGCAGCCAGAGACAUAAGGAAGCUCGUCAGGAAAUCAUCUGCAAAGACUCGCACCAAACUUGCAGCUGCUGGGGUUAUUCAGCCUCUCAUUUUUAUGCUUCUCUCUCCCAACUCUGAUGCCCGCCAUGCCUCUCUUCUUGCUCUCCUCAAUCUCGCUGUUAGAAAUGAACGAAAUAAGGUGAAGAUAGUGACAGCUGGUGCUGUCCCCCCGCUUGUGGAACUUCUCAAGUUGCAGAAUGGUAGUUUAAGGGAAUUAGCUGCUGCUUCCAUUUUGACACUGUCGGCUGCUGAACCUAACAAACCAAUCAUUGCAGCUUCUGGAGCUGCACCCCUUCUGGUUCAGAUCCUCAGCUCUGGGAGUGUUCAAGGGAAAGUUGAUGCUGUCACAGUCCUACACAACCUCUCGUCCUGCGCUGAGAAUAUAUAUCCUAUUGUGGAUGGUAAAGCGGUUUCCCCUCUCAUCAACCUCCUCAAAGAAUGCAAGAAAUAUUCCAAGUUUGCCGAGAAAGCUACAGCCCUGCUUGAAAUCCUCUCAAACUCUGAAGAAGGACGAAUUGCCAUCACAGACUCAGAUGGCGGGAUUUUAACGUUAGUAGAAACUGUUGAAGAUGGAUCACUUGUUAGUACAGAACAUGCUGUUGGAGCUUUGCUCUCUUUGUGCCAGAGCUGCCGAGAAAAGUAUCGGGAACUAAUUCUUAAAGAGGGUGCAAUCCCAGGUCUUCUGCGACUGACAGUGGAGGGUACCUCUAAAGCUCAAGAUAGAGCUCGUACUCUUUUAGACUUGCUCAGAGAUACACCUCAGGAGAAGAGAUUGUCAUCGUCAGUGUUGGAGAGAAUUGUCUACAACAUUGCUACACGAGUUGAUGGCUCAGAUAAAGCUGCUGAAACUGCCAAGAGGUUGCUACAAGACAUGGUUCAAAGAAGUAUGGAGCUCAGCAUGAACAGCAUCCAGCAUAGGGCCGCAUCAUGCACACCUUCAAAGAUUCCAUCUAAAUAAAUUGGUUCAAAUCGGAAAUUUGAAAGUAACACAGGUCAGAGUUUUAAUCUGAAUCUGUAUUUAGUUUGGCCAGUUAAAACUGUUGUGCCCAUCUUGUAUCGCCAUAGAAGAAAGUUGGAAUGAACAGAGUAAUACAGUGAGUUAGAAUUGACUAGGCUGAGCUACUAUUUUGAAGUGAAAUUGUGACCUCAACAGUGUGUUGUAUAUCGCGAGCAAGAUCAUGUAUAUAUGAAAAUCUCUUUCUUUCGA